GCUAGGGUCUUGCGGCGCAGCGAUACGUGUUCUUGAGGGAUCCCGCAUUGGAGGUGCCAUGGCUGAAUUAGCGCUUGUAGUGACUCUCGCUCUCGCGAUCGUGUGGAGAUUUCGGCUCAAUAUGCUCGAUCUGGAUGUACAGAGCAGGAGGGAUGAGAUAUUCUGGAUGGAAGAUACCGCGUCUACAUGGAGCACGCAGGUUUUGUGCCCGUCGAUCCAUGAAGCUCCCUCCAAGUAUCUCUCCGUGGUGAUACCUGCGUACAACGAGGAAAAGGGGCUUCCUUCUACGAUAAAUGAGACUCUAAGGUACCUGGACGAGCGAAGCUUUGACGAUGCAAACUUUACAUACGAGGUGACAAUCAUCGACGAUGGAAGCGAAGAUUUGACGUACAAUGUGACACUGGAUCAUGCGUCGCGGUUGAGAGUGAUCAAGCAAACACCAAAUCUCGGAAAGGGUGCUGCGAUUCGCAAGGGAGUUCUCUGCUCUCGCGGUCAGCUCGUGAUCACAGCAGACGCUGAUUCAGCAAUCUUCAUACGAGAUAUGGGGAAACUGGAAGAGAAAGCACUGAACCUGACUGCAUCAGGAGAUCCCAUAGCUGUGUUUGGCUCGCGCUGCAAAGUAAAGCAACCUCUUCUUCGAAGCAUCAUGUCGAAGGUCUUUCACGCUCUCGCGGUCUUAAUAACCGGGACCGACGUGGCCGACACCCAGUGCGGGCUCAAGCUCUUUACGAGGCCCGCAGCGGCCAGACUGUUUACGAACCUGAGGCUCCAGAGGUGGGCUUUCGACGUGGAGCUGAUCUAUCUCGCCAGACGCCUGGGAAUCCCAGUGUACGAGGUGGCCGUGAACGCCGUGGACGUUACCGGAUCCAAGCUUCGCGCUUCCAGCGUCUGCCACGCGCUGUACGAGAUCACGAUGGUGGUCAUAGCCUAUGGACUUGGCUUCUGGGAGAUUCGGUAGGGAAGAUCGGAAGAUCCAUUCUUUUUCCUCGGUGGAGUAAGUAAAUUUUGCCGCGUUUUACUAUAAACCAAAUCUUUCGGUGAUUGUCGUAAACUAAAUAGCAAAGUGGUAAAUGCUGCAGAGCAGGGAGAGAGACAUUAAAAAUAAAUAAUAUGAACCACCUUGAUGAUCUUUAAUUGCA